ACCAAGGUCGCACGUUGUAUGAUUCUAUUUCUAUCAAAUAUCCAUAACAGGCAGGAAAAACCCUGACCCUCUCCCACGGAGCCUCAGCCAGUGAUACUGCUUCCCGGAUGAGAAGGACGGCCCUGAAGCCCACAGCGAAGCCAGCCUCACAGCCAUCGGCCCUCCAUUCUCCUCACGGCACUGCAACAGCCCAGACCAGAAGCGCUCCUGACAGAAACGCAGGCGUGCACCAGUCCUAAUGUCGGUCAAGGACAACAUGGCACCUGCCCCCACAGAAGGCUUCACCACGGCACCUGCUAGUGACUUUGGAGAGAUCCACAACUGGAAUGAGCUGCUCUCCUUCUUCAACCACACCUUGCCCGAGUGCCACAUGGAGCUCCGAGAGGACACCAAGCAGGUGAUCCUCUUUGUCCUCUACCUGGCCAUCUUUGUGGUGGGCCUGGUGGAGAACCUCCUGGUGAUAUGGGUCAGCUGGCGCUGCUUGGGCCGGGCAGGGCUGCUGAACCUCUACAUCCUCAACAUGGCCAUCGCAGACCUGGGCAUCGUCCUGUCUCUGCCCGUGUGGAUGCUGGAGGUCAUGCUGGACUACACCUGGCUCUGGGGCAGCUUCUCCUGCCGCUUCACGCACUACUUCUACUUUGCCAACAUGUACAGCAGCAUCUUCUUCCUGGUGUGCCUCAGCAUCGACCGCUACGUCACCCUUACCAGCACGUCACCCUCCUGGCAGCGCCACCAGCACCAAAUGCGGCGGGCAGUGUGUGCAGGAGUCUGGGUCCUCUCGGCGAUCAUCCCACUGCCCGAGGUGGUGCACAUCCAGCUGGUAGAGAGCUCUGAGCCCAUGUGCCUCUUCAUGGCGCCCUUUGAAACCUACAGCACAUGGGCCCUGGCCGUGGCCAUGUGCACCACCAUCCUGGGCUUCCUACUGCCCUUCCCGCUCAUGGUGGUCUUCAACGUGCUCACGGCCUGCCGGCUUCGGCAGGCGGGAUGGCCCGAGGGCCGGCGCCACUGCCUCCUGGUGUGCGCCUACAUGGUCAUCUUCGCCAUCUGCUGGCUGCCCUACCACGUGACCCUGCUCCUGCUCACACUUCACGGGACCCACAUCGUCCUCCACUGCUACCUGGUCCACCUGCUGUACUUCUUCUACGAUGUCAUCGACUGCUUCGCCAUGCUCCACUGUGUGGUCAACCCUAUCCUUUACAACUUCCUCAGCCCGAGAUUCCGGGACCAGCUGCUGAGCGCCGUGGUCCAUUACCUUCCCAAGGCCCGGGCCAGGGCGGACAGACGGGCUUCCUCGUCCUCCUCCUCUUCCACUCAGCAUUCCAUCGUCAUCACCAAGGAGGGCACCCAGCCUGCUGCGGCAGGCCCCUAGGACCACCAAGCCUGAACCGGUAGGCGCCAAGGACCUCACCCCUCUCCGCCCCUCAGUGUAGAUCCCACUCUCCAUCAGUGAAGAAGAAAGCUGCGGAUGUAAGUGAGAGAUUUUGGGGGGAGUGGAGGGAAGGGCCAAAAUGCUUACGGUCAAUUUUGAGUAUGUCUUAUAAAAGUGAGAUGGGGAGGGGGGGGCCAGGGAGGGGCAGAGAAUAGGUCUUUGGUGGUGUCCUGUUGGUUUCAGUCCUCGGGACUCAAGAACACGCUCAGGGAAAAUGGUGAAAUAAGUAACAGACAGACGUGACUCUGGCUCUUUCCAAAAUCUGUACUUCCAGCUGGGAUAGGCUAAAGAGAGGCUCAGCAGAAACUUGACACACUCAUUUCAACAAUCACCCUGGCCGGAAAGAGUGUGCUCCCCGCGGACCUCCCACAACUUUCCUUUUGUACUUGUGUGUUUGCUGAUUCCUCCCCCGGCCCCACCUCACCACACUGUGCAGGCUGUGAGGACAAGCGGUCAGAGGCCAAGGAACCAGGAGGCCUCAGCAGUUUCCUAGCAUCCUCGGUGAUAUGAUGGAUGGAGGGGGUGAAGCAGAGGUCUGGUGCCCCACCCCCACCAUCCAGGAAGUGGCUCCAUUUCCUUGCUGAUACUCUCCCCUUCAUCCAUUCUGCUUUCCUCCCCACGAAGCAGAGGAGCCAUCCCAGAGUCGAUGCUCCUUGGAGCCCACCUGCUCCCGCCUUCAGAUGUAGGACAUUUCCAGACUUCUAGGAAGAGAUGCUAUCAGAAAUCCACCCCCAUCCCUCCCUUUCUCUCUAGAUCAUGGGAAAAUAUCAAGGGACAUCCAUUCUGACAGCGGACCUUGGGAGAGGCAGCGGCAGACGCUCCCAGAGGCUCUGUCCCUCAGCCCUUGUCCACUUAGCAGGG